CACACACACACACCAUCUCGCAGGGGGCUCUGACGACACACUCACACUCAGAAUGACACAGCUCUGAUCGGAGGGAGGUGAUCUCUGAAAUUGCUCAGUGAGCACCCCUAAUUUCCCUGAUUCACAACCUGCUGUUAAUCACACCCAAUGGAAUCCAAUCAGAAGGGAAGUGAGGACGGGCUGGCGGGGACGCAGAAAGAGGCCGCUCUUCGGGCGCUCACCCAACAGACCGGAUACCAGCUGAGACAGGAGAACGGUCAGCGGCGGUAUGGUGGCCCACCGCCUGACUGGGACGGACCACCGCCUGAGAGAGGUAGUGAGAUCUUUGUGGGGAAACUCCCGAGAGAUCUGUUUGAGGAUGAACUGGUUCCGUUGUGUGAAAAGUUUGGAAAGAUCUAUGAGGUGAGGAUGAUGAUGGACUUCAAUGGGAACAAUAGAGGUUAUGCCUUUGUCACCUUCACCAACAAACAGGAAGCCAGGACAGCCAUGAAGCAGCUUAACAACUAUGAGAUCAGGAACGGUCGCUUGCUCGGUGUCUGUGCCAGCGUGGACAACUGCCGUUUGUUUGUCGGGGGCAUUCCUAAAACCAAGAAGCACGACGAGAUCCUAGUGGAGAUGCGAAAAGUCACGGACGGCGUUGUGGAUGUCAUCGUGUACCCCAGCGCUGCAGACAAGUCCAAGAACCGAGGCUUCGCCUUUGUCGAGUACGAGAGCCACCGGGCAGCUGCCAUGGCCAGACGCAAACUCCUGCCAGGCCGGAUCCAGUUGUGGGGCCAUCCCAUCGCGGUGGACUGGGCGGAGCCUGAGGUGGAGGUUGAUGAGGAUACCAUGGCAACCGUAAAGAUUUUGUAUGUGAGGAACCUGAUGUUGCAGACCACUGAAGAAACCAUCGAGAGGGAAUUCAACAGCCUGAAACCAGGUGCAGUGGAGCGAGUGAAGAAGAUCAGAGACUACGCCUUCGUACAUUUCAGCCAGCGAGAGGACGCCAUCAAGGCCAUGAAUGCGCUCAACGGGAAGGUGGUGGACGGCUCUCCUAUUGAGGUGACUCUGGCCAAGCCAGUGGAUAAGGACAGCUAUGUCCGAUACACCAGAGGAACAGGAGGAAGAGGAGGCUCGGUUCUGCAGACCGACUACACGGCCUAUACUCUGGGACAGGUGUAUGAUCCCACCACGGCGUACCUUGGUGCUCCCGUGUUUUAUGCCCCGCAGGCCUACGCCGCCAUUCCCGGUCAGUUCCGUUUCCCAGCAACCAAAGCUCACGUGGGAGGAAGGGGUCUGAUCAGGACGCCGUCGGUCAGAGAAAUUUACAUGACUGUACCUGUAGGGGCGGCGGGGGUCCGAGGGCUGGGUGGGCGGGGCUACUUGGCCUACGCAGCCGGGGGCGGAGCCAUGGGGCGAGGGGGUGGAAGCAGCACCUCCUACGGGCUGAAGGGGGACAAGCAGGCCGAGGAAAAGCUGUACGACCUGCUGCCGGGGAUGGAGCUGACACCGAUGAACCCGGCUGCCAUGAGCCUCAAGGGCACCGGCAUCAAACCACCGACUCAGGUUCUGGAAGAGCUGUGUCAGAAGAACAACUGGGGUCAGCCCGUCUAUCAGCUCCACUCGGCCAUCAGUCCGGACCAGCGGCAGCUGUUUCUCUACAAGAUCACCAUCCCGGCUCUGGCCACACAGUACCCCAACGUGCAUCCCUUCACCCCUGCAAAACUGUGUGCGUCUGUGGAAGAAGCCAAGGUCCACGCGGCCGAACACACCCUGCAGACGCUCGGCCUGCAGACGGAGGGCGCUGCUGACGCAGGUUGUGCCACUGCAGCGGCCUCGGUAGCCUUCCCAGGCUACGCUCUGGCGAGCCCGGGGUCAUCGGGCGUGGUCUCCCAGCUGAAGCAGGCUGUUUCUCUGGGUCAGGACCUGACCGCCUACGCCACUUACGAGGGCUACCCCGCGUUCGCCGUGGCGGCUCGCCACACUGACGGAUACGGCGUUUUCUAAAGCUGCUGUUUCUGGGCGCUGAGUUAAACCGCGGAGCUGCAUUCGCGCCACACUGCUUCGCUCACCCGCAAAAAGGUCGAUUCAGUUUGGAAACACCUAAACACUGCGACCUGACAAGAAGUCAAAUCUGAUUGCGUCUUUCCUAAAACCAAAAAGUGGACUGGUGUGAAUGCGGCAUUCUGUUGUCAUCAGACAGGGAGAUUUAAACUUCUUUCAGUCUCAUCCCAGAUCGCCAGCUGCUGCUGAAAACCUGAUCAGACUCGUCAGUCGCUUCUAAGCAACUCUUCGCCUGUCGCCUGUUUCUGCUCCUCGUUUAAUCCGAAUUGUCCACUCAUCCACAGUUUGGUUUGUGAUGCUGAAAACUGCCUCUGAUUGGCUGAUUGGCGUUUUCUGGUCAGAUUUGUACAGUGUGGCUUAUCUCUAACCAAGACUUGUGUUUUCUGAGUGUCUUCUACUGGUGAUUGCAAUGGCUUUUGGGUUAGCUUUAGCUUUUUCUUCAGAUCUUAAAAUCUGAUCCAAUUCUAUACGUUUGAGGCAAAUAAUAUAAAUGGAAAAAGAAGAUGGUAAACUCUUCUUUUUUAACAUCUGUAAUUAGCGGUGCUUAUUCUUAUUUUUUAUGUCAGUAAAACUCACAGCGAAGUCCUGAUUUUAAAUUGAAGCCAUCUUUUUUUUCUGUUCAGCUUUUAGAAAAAGCUCUCAAACCAAGACAUUAGAGUUAGGAAGCUCCACCUGCUGUGCCAAUGAUGAUGAUCAUGAUGAUGACUGUAUCUCAUUGGAGGUGCUUUUCCCAUGCAGAAACUUUCCCAGAAAUUCUGAUUGAACUAAAAUUAGAAUUUGCAAAUUUUUUUAUUUUUAUUUUUUAAACAAGGUUUAUUUUGUUGCAUACCUUUGACCCCUCCACCCCCCCUUUUUUUGACUCCGUCCAACACAACCAAUCAGCACCCGCAGGAUGUAACAGAGAUUAACAAUUGUAUUUAUUUAAACAAAUCUACACAAAGUAAAUCUGCAAAGUUUGUUGGAGCUUUUUAAAAGCAGACCUUUCAUUUGUGUUGUCUUCUGUUCUGCAGGUUUGUUUCCUCCAAGCGUAAAAACGUCCGAGCCCCUAAUUCGGAUUAAAUUUGUCGUCUCAUUUCUGAUAUUGUUUUUCAGCGUUCGUAUUUUCAGACUGAGCGUUUUUUUUUUCUUGCGUUGGUCUGUUGCAUUAGUUAAAACUCACCUCCCUCUCUGGAACCUUUCAAAUCCAGGAGUUGGCCUUCAUUCACCUCCACAGCGUUUUAUGAUAGGCUAGAAGUUAAAAAAAAAUUGCUCCAGGGUAUCUUGUGGUUUUUUUGUUGUUGUUUUAUUUUCUUAUGAGUAAAAGCGGCUGCUGACAGGAGCAGUUUUAACUUUGACUUCUUCUACUGGACUGAAGGUUUUGUGGAGAUUUCAGAUCAGAUGACACGAGUUGGCGUCCGAGCUGUGAACAUGCCGAAGCAGAGACAGUAUUAAAAGUGUGUGAAGCACUUAGAACUUAUUUUUGUACGUGGAAUCAGAUGAACUAUCCAGACGUAUUUGUACAGAGGUAUUUUUAACUUGUCUUUGCUGCCGUAAUUGACUUGGGGAGAAAAACCAUGCGAUGCUGAAUCAGAACCCAAUCUGUGAUGAGAGAAGAAAAUUGUGGGCAUUCUAAUAUUCUCUUUUAUCAUUUCUAAUCUGAAUGGAUGAAAUAAAGAAUUAACAUAUA